CUAUGUUAAUUUAGCAUUACCGCUUCAAUACAGCUGUUGAAGCUUGCGCAACGAAACACAGCUCAACAGCUGUUGCUGCUGCUGUCUGUUAGUAGUUAUAAACAUUCCCGUUUACUUUUUAUUAAAAUGGAUAAUUAUCCGCAAAAAUUAAUCGAUCAGUAUUUGAAGGUUUCAAAUAAAUUAAAAAAGUUCGAUAGAACAGUUUUGAAGCGUUUUGCACCCAAUGUCACGGAAGUGUUGGAUGAGUUUGCCCGCUUGGCUACACGCUUCGAGGAAGCUGGUAUUUUCGAGUAUGCUGCUAUGUGUCACCUAGGCGUGGGCAAAUGUGAACUCUCUGCCGGCAAUGUAGUUAAUGAAUGCCAAGCCUACUUAAGAGCAGCACGAGCAUUUAUGCAUGCACAUAACACAAACGCCACAUUGCAGCUGCGUUCGAGUGGUGGUGAAUGUAAGGAAGGUGCACUACGUUGCUACACACAAGCAUUGGAGCGUUGUGCUGAUGAUACAGUACUCAAAGCGGCUAUUAUUCGUGAGAUGUCACCCCUGCAGCCACACUAUGAUGGUUGCAGUAGUUUCGCCUCACCUGCACAUCGCAUAUACGAAUUGGAACUAUCCGCACACACAACGCUGGAACAAAAAGAUUUUCUUAGUGCGCUACAACAACUUGAUGAUAUAGUUGAUAACAUAUGUGAACGCAAACAACAUGAAUUGUAUACAGAUUUAUUGCGGCGUGUAGAAAUACUACGUUUACUGCUGCUUAUAGCAUUAAAUUUACCACCUGCACGACAAUCACCAUCACACAUAAAGUUAAUAGAAUAUUAUGAGGGUCUAGCUAAUUUGGAAGGUCAUGAUUUGACGCAAAGUAGUUCACCACUAGCAGCUGCAGGUGGUAAUCAUUAUAGCACAGGAACUUAUGUACCACUAGAAAUGAAAUGGGAGUUAGCCGAGAUAGUUUUGGCUUGGAAGGAAUGUCGUACGAUGGAUUUUAAAGUGAUGUUGGCGCAGUUUUUGAGCAAAUUCAGUGCAUUAAAUGAGGCGCAUCGCUUUGUGGGGCGUAGCAUAUGUGAAAAAAUAGAGGAGAAAUAUUGAGUGAUAGAAAUGUGUAUGAGUUAAAAUGGUUUGGGUAGAAUGAAAAUCUUUUCACCUAAGAAACUUAUGUAGUAUGUUCAGUUGCUUAGAUAUUUUAAUAAAAUGUUAAUGGAAA